AGGUGUUUGAGAUCAGCUGCUACCAGGAGUCCCUGGCCCCCUGUUUCUGCCUGUCUGCCCACAGCAACAUCAACCAAAUCACAGAAAUCCUCCUAGGGGAGACCAAAGCCUACGUGUUCUUUGAGCGGAGCUAUGGAGACAUGCAUUCCUUUGUCCGCACUUGCAAGAAGCUGAGGGAGGAGGAGGCGGCCCGACUGUUCUACCAGAUUGCCUCGGCCGUGGCCCACUGCCACGAUGGAGGGCUGGUGCUGCGUGACCUCAAGCUGCGGAAAUUCAUCUUCAAGGAUGAAGAGAGGACUCGGGUCAAGCUGGAGAGUCUGGAAGAUGCUUACAUUCUCCGGGGUGAUGACGACUCCCUCUCUGACAAGCAUGGCUGCCCAGCGUACGUCAGCCCCGAGAUCUUGAACACCACUGGCAGUUAUUCGGGCAAGGCCGCGGACGUGUGGAGCCUGGGGGUGAUGUUGUACACCAUGUUGGUGGGGCGUUACCCUUUUCAUGACAUUGAGCCCAGCUCCCUCUUCAGUAAGAUCCGCAGGGGCCAGUUCAACAUUCCAGAAACUCUGUCGCCCAAGGCCAAGUGCCUCAUCCGAAGCAUCCUGCGACGGGAGCCCUCAGAGCGGCUGACCUCGCAGGAGAUUCUGGACCAUCCUUGGUUUACCACAGAUUUUAGCGUCUCGAAUACGGGAUUUGGUGCUAAAGAGGCGUCUGACCAGCUGGUGCCAGAUGUCAACAUGGAGGAGAACUUGGACCCUUUCUUUAACUGAGCUUAAGGCCCACGGACACACUUAGCAGGUACCAGGAGCAAGAGAGGGCCCCAGAAAGGAGUUCUGGGACACAGGGGGCCUGGCUGGGAAGCAAGACGGACACUCGUAUUUACACAUUUCUGGGUUCAGAGGAGGAAUACCUUCCAGGAGCUGACCGAACACUUAGCAUGGGAACAAGACAUGUGGGAUGGGGGUUGGGUGUAGAUGGUCGGGAGCCCCUCCCCUAAGCUUCUCUUCCCUGGGGUAGCCUGAGAGUCCCCCUUGCCAGUUGGGCUACUUCAUCUACCCUACUUUUCAUUUUGUUCAGAAAGAGCUGCAGAUCUCGAUAGAAUUGAAACUCUUCUGCCUCAAACAAAUACCUUGGCAUUGCACUGUUAGCAUUUAACUUCUUGUUAUGAUUCAGGGAAGGGACAAUUGAUCGAAGAUUUCUUUCUUUCUUUCUUUUUUUUUUUUUUAAACAGGCCAACCACCUAUGUAUUAAUUAAUGGGAUUCACUUAAAAUAAUAAUAAUAAUAAUUCGGUGCACACAGACUGACCUGAAACCUGGGUGCUAAACUAAAAAAAAAAAAAAAAAAAAAUGGAAGUUCCAGUUGUCGUCUCUCAUUCACACUUCUCAACUCAUUUCUUCUAAAGAAAUGAUUUUCCUAUUCUGGCUAGGAAGUGACCUGUUAAUGCUUGGCUCCCUGAAGGGGGAAAGGAGGGGGAGGGGGAGGGCCAAUCUGUAUGGCAUCAGCCGGAAACUAUUAGCAGUCAGACUUCCAGAUGUACUAUCACAGUCCAGGGGAAGAAGCAAGGCCAAGAGAGAAAUCCAACUCCUUUCUGGGUUUUGUUCUUUCGAAGGAAGAGGGUUCACCCUGUAGACGCGGCUUUCUGCUCUGAAUACAGUGAGGGUUUCCAGAGGGCAGGGGGCGCUCCUGGAGUCAGAUCUCAUCGAUGAUGCUGAGCUCAACGUUUUGUUUGUCGCUUUAUGGGAAACUAGUAAAACGAGACAGGUUGUCCCAUGUGUAUAAAAUAUAGGGCAGCUAUUUCCUUUUCUCUGCUAAGAAUGAUCCUUUGGGCUUAGAAAAAGCCCUCUGGUUUGAACAGAAGGGAUGAUAUAAAUACAAACAGCUCUCUGUCCCAAUACGCACCUUUGUAUUUUCAAGAACUCUUGUAUUUAUUAAGGAAAAUGUCACAUUGUGAUGUAUUAAAGCCAGUACUUCAAUUACGGGUCGACGGGAUGACAUGUUACAUGCUGUAGUUAACAUUUAUAAUUUCGUUCCCCUGUUUGAGUAUUUCUGUCCCUGGAAUAACCUUCCAUUUGGCUCUUUCUAGGUAGCCUCAUUUGAUUUCGAGUGGCGAAAUGUUUUCCUUUUGUAUUCUGGCUUUUCUAUUGCUGUAUGAUACAGAACUCUUUUGGCAUAAAUAUUUGUGUUCCCAGUACCUCAGUCGUUUGGGUUUGACUGCCUGCAUAUGUUUUGUGAAAUGGUCCUGUUUUCGGGUAGGGUAACACGUGGACUCUAGUGUGUAAAUGUUACUUGAAUCUGUGCUUCACUCUAGUAUGUGGCAUGUGUGUGCGGACUCUUGGAUGCUUCACGCCUGCUCCACAGGAGCCCCUGUCCCCAGCAGGUUGGCUUCCCCAUUCAUAAUCGGGAGACAAAGCUGCCAUGGAUCUACCCUUGAUUCUAUUUUGAUAACGGAAGAUACAGAGAGAGAGAGAGAGGGUUUUUACAUGCGGAAGACGGUGCUGUGGCAAGAAGGACCUUCUAUCUUCCCUCUCCCUGUUUUCCAAGCACUGGGUGGGAGGAAAGAUUGGUAACAUGCAUGGUGGGGACCAAUGGCCUCUGGUGCUUUGUCCUGUAUUUGGUUUAAUGUUUUUGUCCUAAUCUCUUCAAUCAAUAAAAUUGUGCGUAUUUAACUAAAA